CUUUCUCAUUCAAUUCAAUUUUUAAUGUAAUUUCUUGUUUGAUUUUUCUAUUUUCUUCGAGAAAACAAAAUUCUCCUGUAAAAUUUAAUAUUAUAAAAGUGGUUUCUUUUUCAUUUAUGUUUAUAUAAUUUUCAUCUUUAAUCUUAAAUUCUGGUAACCUUAAUGCGCGAUCCGCUUUUCUAAAGUUUUGUGAGAGAGAAGAGAUCUAAAAAAAUCCACAAUUUUGUUCAAAUCUUGGAGUUAAAUGCUGAAUUUUAGGCCUUGUUGCUUAGAUUUAUGGCUUAAAGUUUCAAACUUUUCAUUGGAUAUGGUACAAAUCUUGUAGUUAAACACUGAAUUGUGUCCCUCGUGGGCGUUGUUGCUUUGAUUUAUGGCCAAAAGUUUCAAACUUGGAUAUGGUACAAUCUUGUAGUUAUACACUGCAUUGUCUCUCUUGGGUGUUGUUGUUGCUUUGAUUUAUGGCUUAAAGUUUCAAACUUUUUCUUGGAGAUGGUUCAAUCUUGUUGUUGAAAGUUGAAACACUGAAUUGUCUCUCUUGUGCGUGUUGUUGCUUAGAUUUAUGGCUAAAAGUUUCAAACUUUCUUCACUUCAGAGCUUCUUGAAUGGAAACUAUGGUUUUGUGGUUUUGGUUAAUCUUCUGCUAACACUUUUUGCCCUGUUUUGGUUUGGGAAAGUGAGAAGAAAAUGUCAGGAUCUGAGACGGGUUUAAUGGCGGCGACCAGAGAAUCAAUGCAAUUUACAAUGGCUCUCCACCAGCAGCAGCAACACAGUCAAGCUCAACCUCAGCAGUCUCAGAACAGGCCAUUGUCAUUCGGUGGAGACGACGGAACUGCUCUUUACAAGCAGCCGAUGAGAUCAGUAUCACCACCGCAGCAGUACCAACCCAACUCAGCUGGUGAGAAUUCUGUCUUGAACAUGAACUUGCCCGGAGGUGAGUCUGGAGGCAUGACUGGAACUGGAAGUGAGCCAGUGAAAAAGAGGAGAGGUAGACCGAGGAAAUAUGGGCCUGAUAGUGGUGAAAUGUCACUUGGUUUGAAUCCUGGAGCUCCUUCUUUCACUGUCAGCCAACCUAGUAGCGGCGGCGAUGGAGGAGAGAAGAAGAGAGGAAGACCUCCUGGUUCUUCUAGCAAAAGGCUCAAGCUUCAAGCUUUAGGCUCGACUGGAAUCGGAUUUACGCCUCAUGUACUUACCGUGCUGGCUGGAGAGGAUGUAUCAUCCAAGAUAAUGGCGUUAACUCAUAAUGGACCCCGUGCUGUGUGUGUCUUGUCUGCAAAUGGAGCCAUCUCCAAUGUGACUCUCCGCCAGUCUGCCACAUCCGGUGGAACUGUUACAUAUGAGGGGAGAUUUGAGAUUCUGUCUUUAUCGGGAUCUUUCCAUUUGCUGGAGAACAAUGGUCAAAGAAGCAGGACGGGAGGUCUAAGCGUGUCAUUAUCAAGUCCGGAUGGUAAUGUCCUCGGUGGCAGUGUAGCUGGUCUUCUUAUAGCAGCAUCACCUGUUCAGAUUGUUGUUGGGAGUUUCUUACCAGACGGAGAAAAAGAACCAAAACAGCAUGUGGGACAAAUGGGACUGUCGUCACCCGUAUUACCGCGUGUGGCCCCAACGCAGGUGCUGAUGACUCCAAGUAGCCCACAAUCUCGAGGCACAAUGAGUGAGUCAUCUUGUGGAGGAGGACAUGGAAGCCCUAUUCAUCAGAGCACUGGAGGACCUUACAAUAACACCAUUAACAUGCCCUGGAAGUAGCCAAGUGAUCUGUGUCGGCUUAAAACCAACAACUUCCCGUUAUUAGAGUGAUUUAUUUCUACAUUUGGUUUAGACUUUCUAGUUCUGAUGGUUAUUUCUACAGUUGGUUUAGACUUUCUAGUUCUGUUCAGACAAAAGGAGUUUGAUAAAUUGACCGACCUAUUUUGUGUGUUUGAGGUACUUUCAGAACCAUAGGUGUUCAGAAAUUAGAAUGUUCUGUUUAAGGUAGAUCUUUUAUUUUAUGUUGAGGUACUUUCGGAACCAUAAGUUGUUCAGAAAUUGGAAUAUCCUGAUUAAUGUAGAUCUUUUAUUUUGUGUUU